GGUGCUCCGGGAGUUCACACUCAGAAAUAGAGUGUACUGCCCGCAAAGGGGAGAAGUCCGGGGCCAAGUGAGUUAGGAGUGUUGCGGUGAGCCGGUGCAGCUCCGCCUCGGCCCUUUGCGCUGGUCGCCAGCUGCAGGCAGGCACAGCUGGAAAGCACCUUGCGCAAGGGUCUCACGAGGUAUGGACUCGCGGCUCCUCCCCCUUCCUCCUACUUCCCGGAUCCCCGGCUACUGGGCAGUGCGGGUCUGGGCAGUGAGCUGUGAACCCGGGACGCGCUGUCACUGCGCCGCCUUCGGGGGACGCCGCCUGGGCGGCUGCACUCUCCCUUCUGAAAUCGACUCUCCAGAAGGCACCACAGUAAUGGAGUACAUGAGCACUGGAAGUGACAAUAAAGAAGAAAUUGAUUUACUAAUUAAACACUUAAAUGUAUCAGAUGUAAUAGACAUCAUGGAAAAUCUUUAUACAAGUGAAGAGCCAGCGGUUUACAAACCCAGUCUAAGGACCAUGUGUCAAGAUAGUAAUCAAAACGAGGAGUGUUCGGACUCUCUGCUGCUUAGUGGCCAAGAGGUGCCUUUGUUGUCAUCCGUCAGAUAUGGAACCGUGGAGGAUUUGCUUGCUUUUGCAAACCAUAUAUCAAAUACCUCAAAGCAUUUUUAUGGACACCGACCACAAGAAUCUGGAAUUUUAUUAAAUAUGGUAAUCACUCCCCAGAAUGGGCGCUACCAAAUAGACUCUGAUGUUCUCCUCAUCCCUUGGAAGUUGACUUAUAGGAACAUAGGCUCCGAUUUCAUUCCUCGGGGGGCUUUUGGAAAAGUGUACUUAGCACAAGAUAUGAAGACCAAGAAAAGAAUGGCAUGUAAACUGAUCCCCGUAGAUCAAUUUAAACCAUCUGAUGUGGAAAUCCAGGCCUGCUUCCGGCAUGAGAACAUCGCUGAAUUAUAUGGUGCUAUCCUUUGGGGCGAAACUGUCCAUCUCUUUAUGGAAGCAGGCGAGGGUGGGUCUGUUCUGGAAAAAUUGGAGAGCUGUGGACCCAUGAGAGAAUUUGAAAUUAUUUGGGUGACAAAGCAUGUUCUCAAGGGACUUGAUUUUCUACACUCGAAGAAAGUGAUUCACCAUGAUAUUAAACCUAGCAACAUUGUUUUCAUGUCCACAAAAGCUGUGUUGGUGGAUUUUGGCCUAAGCGUUCAGAUGACUGAAGAUAUCUAUUUCCCUAAGGAUCUUCGAGGAACAGAGAUUUACAUGAGUCCAGAGGUGAUCCUAUGCAGAGGCCAUUCCACGAAGGCAGACAUCUAUAGUCUGGGAGCCACGCUUAUCCACAUGCAGACGGGCACCCCGCCCUGGGUGAAGCGCUACCCCCGCUCAGCCUAUCCCUCUUACCUGUAUAUAAUCCACAAGCAAGCACCUCCUUUGGAAGAUAUAGCUGAUGACUGCAGUCCAGGCAUGAGAGAGCUGAUAGAAGCCGCCCUGGAGAGGAACCCCAAUCACCGUCCAAGAGCAGCAGACCUGCUAAAACAUGAAGCCCUGAAUCCCCCCAGAGAGGAUCAGCCACGCUGUCAGAGCCUGGACUCUGCUCUCUUUGAACGAAAGAGACUGUUGAGCAGGAAGGAGCUGGAGCUUCCUGAGAAUAUUGCUGAUUCUUCAUGCACAGGAAGCACUGAGGAAUCUGAGAUGCUCAAGAGACAGCGUUCUCUCUACAUAGACCUUGGUGCCCUGGCUGGCUACUUCAAUCUUGUUCGGGGCCCACCAACACUGGAAUAUGGCUGAUGGAUGGCACUAUUUGCCCUCAACUAAAGAUGGCCUUUAUCUCCUGGACUUUGGUUCUGCAGACUCUACAGAGUGGCUCUGGAUUCCCUUUAUUAAAAGCAAGCAGUGGGGAUUCCAGUGACAUACAUAUGAAUGGGACUCCAAGUGGCCCCCUGUGGAUUUGAUUUGUGAAGCUACUCUGGUAUAUGCCAGGUCUCAAGGUUCUCAUUAUUCAUGUGGCGGGAAUUAAAGGAAGAAAGGGAAGAAUUGAUAGAAGGAUCAUUUCUGGUGACUGGUUUCAUUCAAUGUGCAUUUUGCUUGAAAUUUUAAAAAUACCAAUCAUGAGGAGACUAGCCUAAAAUUACUAUUCUUGGUUCUUAUUUAAAUGUGGGAUCUUCAUUUAACUCAGAAUAGUUGUGUUGUAUAUAUUGGUGUAUAUAGUAGGAUAAUUCUUUGUUGGUAGAUUCAAGUAUCAAUUGAAUACAUUAUAUUUUGGGUGAAUAGAAUAACUUGACUAUUGUAGCAAUAAGCUUAACUAGUGCCUUAAAAAUGGCUGUUUACUUAGGAGCCAUCAGACAGCAGGCCACUAGUGAGUCUCUUUUAUGUUCCUAUGGAAACACUUUGUACUGUACAUGCUAUGCUUAAAGCAUUUGAAACAUGAUGUUUUGAAUGUGGAUAAAACUGUGUAAACCACAUAAUCUCUGUACAUCCCAAAGGAUGAGAAAUGUGACCUUUAAGAAAAUGGAAACAUUUGUAAAUUCUUGGUGAUACUACUACUUUUGUAAUUCUUCUGAGUAUUUUCUUUAAAGCAUUUGUAUAUGAAAAUAGCAUACUGUGUAUGUUUUAUAUCAAAUGCCUUCAUGAAUUUUUCAUAUAUGUACAUAUUUGUAGCAUUGUAAAGUAUGUAAGUAUUCCUACUUAAAAUAUGUUUUUACAUUAUGCAAAGGAAACCCAACAUUUUUGUCCAAUGUGACUGAUCAAAUCAACUGAAUAAAUUUAAUAUUUUGUCUUAA